AACCAAUUACAUUUUUUCUGGUUCUUAACAGAUAUCAUCAUUAUUUUGGACACUUUACACAUCUAAACCAAGUGAGUGAGAGUCAAGAAGAAAAGAAAAUGGCUUCAACAGCUUGUUUCUUGCACCACACUGCACUUACUACUCCUAAUAGAUUAUCUUCUUCAACAUCUCAGCGUCAAGUUUCCAACGUUAAGCCCGCGCAGUUCAUCUGCAGAGCCUCGAAUAAGCAGGCCGAGGAGGAUGUUAGCCUUGUCUCUCGACGGUUAGCUCUCACAGUUCUCAUUGGCGCCGCCGCCAUUGGCUCCAAGGUUUCUCCUGCUGAUGCUGCCUACGGUGAAGCUGCGAAUGUGUUUGGAAAGCCAAAGAACACAGAAUUCGUGCAGUACAAUGGAGAUGGAUUCAAGUUGUCAAUUCCAUCAAAAUGGAACCCUAGCAAAGAGGUGGAGUAUCCUGGUCAGGUUCUUAGGUAUGAAGAUAAUGGUGAUUCUGUCAGCAAUCUCUCUGUCAUGAUCACCCCUACUGAUAAGAAAUCCAUCGCCGAUUAUGGCUCCCCCGAAGAAUUUCUUUCCAAGGUGGAUUAUUUGCUAGGCAAACAGGCUUACUCUGGAUUAACUGCUUCUGAGGGUGGUUUUGACGCCAACGCGGUGGCGACUGCAAACAUAUUAGAAACUGCAACACCAGAGGUUGGAGGGACACAAUAUUACUCCAUAUCGGUGCUAACAAGGACUGCAGAUGGAGAUGAAGGAGGAAAACAUCAGCUGAUAACAGCUACCGUUAAAGAUGGAAAACUCUAUAUUUGCAAGGCACAAGCCGGAGACAAGCGGUGGUUCAAGGGAGCUAAAAAGUUUGUAGAGACUGCCACCAGUUCCUUUAGUGUUGCUUAAACAUCAUCACAUUACACCCAUUUUCCUGUAUGUAAAUCAAAUUCAUGUAUGAAUAUGGUGUUUCUUAUCAGAGAUUCUCUUCUAUAUUUUUGUUUUUGCAACUAGGAGGUGUUGGGGCUAUAAUAAACAACCUAAGGACCUCGUGUUUUUUCAA